GCGGCGGCGGCAGCAGCGGAUGCUCGGCGGUGCGGCGGCCGCCGCUUCGCAGCCCGGGAGCCCGGCGCAGGGAGGGAGCUGAGGCGAUGAGCCGCCCGCCGGCGGCCGCCCGCGAGUGACGGCGGCGGGGCAAGGAGCGGCGGCGAGGAGAGGAGGAGGAACAACAACAACAACAUCGGGAGGGCAGCGAACCCUGCCAGUGCCCGCCGGAGCCCGGGGGAGCCCCGGCCGAGGGCUCGGCCAUGCCCUUCGCCAAGCGGACCGUGGAGCCGCAGCGGCUGUGCCGGCGGCAGCCCGCCGCCUCCGUGCUGGAGGAGAGCUGGGGAGCGGAGCCGCCGCCGCCGCCGCUGCGGGACGCGCCGCCCGAGGAGCCGGGGACGGCGGGCGAGGGCGCGGAGGCAGCCGGCGGCGGGGAGAGGGAGUCGGCGGCGGUGCUGAUGGUGCUGGACCUCUGCUCGGUCAGCAACGUGGCCUUGUCACGGAUCCUCCGGCAGCUUUCCGACGUGGCCCGGCACGCCUGCACCCUCUUCCAGGAGGUGGAGGCUGACAUCCAGGGCACCCACCGCCGCGUCCGGGCGCUCCACGGCCGCAUCGCCGGGCUGCAGGGAGCUGUGCGCGGCCUCGACCCCAAGCAGGAGGCAGUGCAGCGGCCCCGAAGAACCGGCAGUCGGGGGCGAGAGGGGAGGGAAGGAAAAAGAUCUAAGGCAGUGUGCGACUUGUGCUGGGAGCAGUUAAGUGCUCGAAUGCUGCUUCUCCACCCAAACAUGAAAAGCGGUGACAGGCUCCGCAGCCCCUACCAGCUGCUGAUUUGUGCUGGCUGCGGCUUCGCCUCCACAGCAGCCUGA